GGUAGCGGAAGCUCUCCUGCCGGCCGCGCGGUUCCGCCAUCUCGGAAGGUGGAGAAGGAGGAGGAGUCGGCAACGGCGGCGGCGGCGGCGGCGGCUCCUCUGCCUGUUCAGGCGGGGCGGGAAGCGGAAGGAGGGGACACCCGGCGCGGCCUGCCACAAUGUCAGAAGGGGACAGUAGCGGUGAGUCUAUCCAUGGCAAACCGUCCGUGGUCUAUAGAUUUUUCACGAGGCUUGGACAGAUUUACCAGUCCUGGCUAGACAAAUCUACUCCAUACACAACAAUCCGAUGGGUCGCAACAUUGGGUUUAAGUUUUAUCUACAUGAUUAGAGUUUAUUUACUGCAGGGUUGGUAUAUCGUGACGUAUGCCUUGGGUAUCUACCACCUAAACCUGUUCAUAGCUUUCUUGUCGCCAAAGGUCGAUCCCUCGCUCAUGGAAGAUUCAGAUGAAGGGCCUUCAUUACCGACAAAACAGAAUGAAGAAUUCCGGCCUUUUAUCCGGAGGCUGCCAGAAUUCAAAUUUUGGCAUUCUGCCACUAAAGGCAUCCUGGUUGCCAUGACCUGUACAUUCUUUGAGGCUUUCAAUGUUCCAGUUUUUUGGCCAAUUCUGGUGAUGUAUUUCAUUAUGCUGUUCUGCAUCACGAUGAAGAGGCAAAUCAAGCAUAUGAUAAAAUACCGAUAUAUACCGUUCACCCACGGCAAGAGGAGAUAUAAAGGAAAAGAAGACCCAGGGAAGACUUUUGCUAGCUAGAAACACCCCUCCCCACCCCCCCCAAAAAAACCCCUUGCUGACCAACUGCCCCCAACCCACCCCCAGCGUCAUAAUUAAAAAGACCGGUUUUGAACCAUUG